GGAGGCUGUCAGGAGCAUGAUAAGAGGAAAGCAGCUCUGAUUCCACUCAUAUGAGAGGGAGGACUGUGUGUUAGGGAGUUUACCGCUGUUCAGUUUCCGGAUAAGUCGAGUGGAGCCCGCAGAUAACAUCACCCGCAAGUUUGCCUUUAAGGUGUGGUUGAAGGAAGAGUGUGACAAGGAGGAGCUGAAGAAUUCCAUUGUGUUUUGCAUGCAGGCAGAGCAUGCUGGGACCAAGACAUACUACUUCAGUGCAGACAGUCAUGAGGAGCAGGAGGAAUGGAUCACAGCAAUGAGUGAGGCUACAGAAGUCAUCGUUCAGCCAACGCAGAGAACAAACUACACAGACACCACAGGGGAUCUCAACAAAACUAUGGUGACACCUGACCCUCAGAAGCAUCCACACCCAAAAACACACAAUGAAACUGAGACCAACCUGCCCACCCAUUCUAAGAUUAAUGAGGCGAACAGCCGUCAAAAACCAUUUCUUUCUACUCACCACCUCUCAGAUCAACAGGGAAAAGGGAUUAACAGAGGAGAAGUUGGAGAAGGUGAAGAUAAUGGAAGAGGACCUGGCACUGAUCAUGCACCUCACCAUCAUCAUCCAAAUGGUUGGGGAAGCUAUGGCCCAGCCAAUAUUAUGUCCCAGAUAAGCAAUGACAAACACCCUCUGUCCAGGAGGAACAGCGGACAUUGUGCCUCUCAUGGACAUUCAGAGGGUGUUGUUGGUCCAUUACAGGACCCCAGGGAACAACAAGAGAAGGUUGUGUUGAGGAGAGGCUUUGUGCCCAGGACAUCUCUAGAGAGGGUGGCCCAGAGGAAAAGCUCCAUGGCUCAGCUGCAGCAGUGGGUCAACCAGCGCCGGGGCAUGGUUUCCCAGGAUGACAGCCCAUCUCAAUACUACCCAGUUAAUCGGGUGGUCUCUGCUGACUACUGUGGUUAUCCUGGUGGUCCCCAGUAUGUGGAGGAUUUCCCUAUGUACCCAUCAGGUGUCAGACCAGACAGCAUCUGCUCCGUCUCUGCUGUGGAGGGAUAUGACAGAGGCUGGACCUCGGAGAAGCGUCACUCUCUGAGGGAUGGACCUCAUCAGCUGUAUGCGCACCUAAUGCCCAGGGACCCAUGGGGGGCACAGUGCUAUGGGGGAAUGGAAACAUCCAUGAGGCGACUGUCCAUCCAGCCACGCUCAAGGUCUGUGCCUCGGUCAUCGUCUUCCUCAUCAGGGGGGCCCUACUCACCGGUGCCACCACACUUUGCCUCACCAGCUCGAUCAUUAUCGGCCCGAUUUCCAGGGAAGAUGAGGGAUGAUGUGAUCUAUGCUGAUCCAUCAAUUUACAGCCUGAGGAGAUCUCUCGGCUCACCAAAGUAUGACUACUCUGGCGACAGGAGGUCCUUAAACCAAGGAUUAUACCACCAUAACUACCCUGUAUCCCCUUCCAUCCAGAAUAAAAUGGAGGACAUAUUAGACCGUCAACUUCAACGUAACCUGGAAUACCUAGAUGAGCAGUUGCCUCGUUUCCAUGAUGUCUACAGCAGAGAGUUAUAUCCCACACUGAAGCUCAAUGAGAUUGAAACCAGUAAACUCUUGAGUCGACUGUGUGAGCAGAAUCGAAUUUUGAAAGACCAUAAGGCUGUUGUUCACAGACUGAGAAUGGACAAGGACAACCUAGAAGAAGUGCUGGUUGCAACUCAUCGGGAGAUGGAGCUUUAUCAUAACCAGCCUUUAGCCAUGGAAAAGCUACAGUUCAAAAAAGGAUCCCUGCAGAGCCAGCUCAUCAACAUUAGAGGGGAGCUCUCCCAGGCCUCCAGUGCUUUAACCACCACUCGCAUGGAGUUUGAAGCAUUAGAGGAUGAGGCCAACGCUAUCCAUGGAGAUCUAUGGGAGCAGCUUAAUGCAGGAGGACAGAGUGAACUUGUGCGUAGGCACAUCCAGAAAGAGUUUUGGAGAGUCCAGGAUGUUUUAGAAGGACUGCACAAGAAUAACUUAUCAAGAGGUACUGACACAGCCAAGCACAGAGUGGCCAGCGGUGCAUCAGGCUCCUUUAGCACAAAUAGUCCAGCCAGUCCCCUGAGCUCAAUAAGCCUCACCAGCCCACUCAGCCCCUUCUCCCCAGUGCCUGGCUCUCACGUCUCCCCCACCAAACAGCUGGGCCCGGAGGAAAGUAUUCCCCCAAGGCCACCUCUCCCCAAGGCCUAUUAUCCUUUGGAGCUCUCCGCUACCCACCCCCCCUCCAUCCCCCCUUUGCCCUUUGACAGCACCGCCUGGCUACGCAGCUUGUGCCGUGGUGAUGGUUACCUUGAUGGUGAAGAUUCUCACAUCAGAAAGCUCCAGUUUGGUGAACAGAACAAUAUCACUGAUAUGCAGGACCUGGUCCAGGACAGGCAAUACAACAUGAAUAAAGUUGGCAUUGUUCCUCCUAGAACCAAGGCCCCCACCGACGAAUUACACAGCAGCUCUACUGAAGCAUCCUGGCAUAAUGGCAGGGUGCCUAAUGCAAUCUCUAGGGAACGUCCAAAGAGUGCUAUAUUUCCUGCAGAGAUGAAGUCAAAGAUGAGCAUAGAAGAGCAGAAUGAACGAAUCCGCCGCAACCAGAGCAGCUCUGUCAGGGAGAAGAGACGGAGCCUAAACAUCUCAGGUGGCCAGUCUCCAGCCAACUACAAAGUGGUAUGA